AUGUCGGACAUCGAUGACAUCCCUCUCACACCUAAUGGAACUAAGAUCAGCCCAGAUGAUCCAACAUCUUCGGUAAGAAACAUUAGAGCUGAGGUAAUUUGUGCUAACACGGGUAAUCUUCAUGUGAAUGCAGGUGAAACACACGUCCUGGACCAGACACUCGGAACGAUUAAGACAAUCGGGAUGAUCGGGACGAUCGGGACAACCAUAAUGGAAACCCCUAUUCUAGGCAACCCGACGUUAUGGGACGCAAGUCGAUCUAUUCUGAUAGGUCGGACCAACUUUGCCCAGGCGCAAGUAAUACCAGCAGGGAAACUUGAAGGAGAUCACAUAUGCAACACCCUGACGUGUCAACCAGAUGGGGUCUUAAGGCAAACAAUUCCAAUUGGUCAGAAUAGCAAUGCUCAAGAUCAACUACUUCAUGCCAACCUAAGCAAACAAGGCAUGACUAGCACUCACCCGAACAUGGACCCCUCUUUGACUAGAAGAUUAGCAGACAUGGAAAAGCCAUCAUCCAACGAAACCCGGGAGUCCCGGCCCCGAUCAAGAAAAAGUGCAGAAAGCUGUUAUGCCGACUCACCCUUUGUGGACGAGAUAGCUUUGGUGGAGAUGCAUAGGAAGUUUAAUUUCCCUCACAUGAAGAUGUUCGAUGGCGCAUCCGAUCCAGACGAUCACAUUGCUCAAUACCGCCAAAGGAUGUUCACCGUCACCAUCCCUCGUGAUAUGAGGGAGGCAUGCAUGUGUACGGGGUUCGGUUCUAGUCUAGUAGGACCGGCCCUCCAGUGGUAUACAAAUUUCCCGAAUAACUCUAGUAGCUCUUUUGCCCAACUAACUGAUAUUUUUGUCCAACAGUACGCAAGUAGCAGAAAAUUAGAGAAGAUCUUGGAGGACUUGUACGCCGUUGUCCAGAGGCAUGGAGAACCUCUCAGAGUCUACAUAGGAUGCUUCAACAAGGAGAAGGUGUCAAUCAUCAACUGCAGCGAGCAGACCGCCGUCACGGCCUUCCGCAAGGGCCUAUUACCCGGUUCUGACCUAUAUAAGACUCUUACCAAACAUCCGUGCAAAAUCAUGGAGGACAUGUUGAUCCAAGCAUGGGAACAGAUCAAGUGGGAGAAGGAUCAAUAUAACAUGCAGAGGGUCACUCCACCAAGUAAACCCGACAGAGACUAUCAGGUCGACAGGAGGUCGGGUCGCGACAGACGUGCCAAACCAUAUCCACCACCUUAUAGGCAAAACAGAGAAAUAAGAGAAUAUGACGGAGCAGCACUCAAGAAUCUAGAUAAGGGUCAACACACCUUGAAUGAAGGAAGGGAUAGACGAGAUGAGCGGAGAGAAGUCACUCUGCCAAACCCAUCCAACCAUGAGAGGACAGUUAAUGUUAUUUCUGGUGGUUCAGAAGUUAGUGGAAUUACACACUCUGCUGCAAAGAAGCACACGAGGCAAGCCAAGUCUAGCAAGACGGGAGAAAAUGUACCCGGUCAAGCCAGGGCAGACCAACCAGCCCAGACAAUUAGCUUCCAAUCUACAGAAUCAGACAAACUUCUUAACCCUCAUCAUGAUGCUUUAGUUAUUUCCAUUUAUAUUGCCAAUUGCUUAACAAAACGGGUGUUGAUUGAUAAUGGCAGUUCUGCCAAUAUCAUGUUUAUUAAUGCUUUCAGGGAAAUGGGCUUGAACGAGUCCAGCAUAACCAGGAAGACUGUUGUAUUCAUAGGCUUCAACGAUGAGAGAAAGACAACCAUUGGGGAGAUCGACCUACUCGUCUAUGUCGAAGGAAUCAAUUUGUCAACAAGAUUCCUAGUGAUUGAUGCCCCCUCCGCAUUCAACGUUAUCCUUGAUCGUCCAUGGAUCCAUAACAUGGAGGCAGUUCCUUCCACUUUUCACCAAGUAGUGAAGUUCCCAACCAAGUGGGGCAUCAAGAAAAUCAAGGGAGAGCAAAAAGACUCCAGAUCCUGCUACCAAACUACCAUGAAGUCCAAACGUGCCUUAUAG